AUGGAGGAGCAGAUACCAGCAGAUAUGGUAGUGAAUGCAAUCCUUGCAGAUAUGGUGGGUCAUGUGAGCAAUAAUAAAGCAUGUGAUGAGAUGAUAUAUCAUGUAGGGUCGUCGAUGGCAAAUCCAGUGAAAUACCAUGAUCUGCGUGACUAUGGAUUCAGAUAUUUCAACGCAAAACCAUGCUUAGACAAGGAGGGAAAUGCCAUAAGAGUUGGCAAGUUUAUGGUAUUGGAGAGCAUGGCUAGCUUCCAGAGAUACUUGUUCAUUCGCUACUUGGUUCCAUUAAAGGGGUUAGAGCUAGUGAACGUAGCAUUUUGCCACUACUUUGAGGGAACCUAUUUAGAUAUCAACAAGAAGAUCUCUAUUGUUAAGCAUUUGGUUCAACUUUACAGGCCCUACUUGUUCUUCAUUGGCAUAUUUGAUGACAUCAACAGAGAGAAAUUGCACAUGGCAGCCAAGCAAGGUUCAACUUUACUCAGGGAUGUACACAUUGGGAUUCCAAACAGUGGAGGGAAACUACGCUGGAGGAGCAGUCUUACAAUAAAAGCAGAAGUGAAGUUUGUUAAUGCUGAACAAGCAAAGGAGCUUGUAACAGUUGCUGGAUAUACUGUUUUAGAUGUACGCGACAAAAUUCAGUUUGAGAGAGCUCACAUAAAAUCCUGCUAUCAUGUGCCUCUCUUUGUUGAAAAUCAAGACAAUGAUCCUAGUAAGGACUAA